GUACGCCUGGCCCCCCCGGAGGAUGGUGCCCUGCCGAGGGCCGCGGGGGGUGCUGCUGCUGCCCCUGCUGCCGGGGCUGCUGCUAGCGCUGCUGCUGCUGCUGCUGCUGCCGAUCCCCCUGCGCGGCGCCACACACAGCGAGGACAGCGCCGAGCUGGACGGAGACAACUACACAGUCAGCACAGAGAGCCCGUCCUCUUCACAGGAGACAAUCUCGUCUGAUGCAGCGAUAGCCAGUCCUCUCAACACCUGGCUGUUGUUCAGGAACUCCAAUAAGGGGGAACCCAAGAGGUCCAGACAUACCAAAAGACCAUCUAAGCAUGGUCUCCCCGGCCCUCCCGGCCCCCCGGGACCCCAGGGGCCCCCAGGUCCUCCGGGCCCCCACUAUCCCCUGCAGGAGGCCCUCAUGCAGGAGUUCCAGCUCAAGCUGAAGGAGCUGGUGGGGUCUCAGUGUCUGUUCUGUGACCAGCCCCCCCGUGUGGUUACAGCCUUCCACUGCCGUCUGCACCACAGCCUGAUCGUGCCCCGCCGGAGCCUACAGGAGCUGCAGCCUUUCAGCCCGCCUUCAGAAACAGAGCAGUUCCACCAGAGGGGGCAGGCCUUCAACUCCAGCAGCGGCCGCUACACUGCCCCCAUCUCCGGCUUCUACCAGCUCACUGCCAGCCUACAGAUCGAGUCCAGUGAUACACAGCGGAAAUCACAGUCCAGGCCCAGAGACAGUGUGAGAGCCUCCAUUUGUAUUGAGUCUCUGUGUCAGAGCAACGUGUCUCUCGAGACAGUCUCUGGAGUCGGCGCAACAGGCAGAGUAUUCAGCAUCCUGCUCACAGGAACACUUUACCUACAGGGAGGGGAGUACGUAUCCGUCUUUGUUGACAACGGGACAGGUUCUGCGGUCACAGUCCUUCAAGAUAGCUUGUUCUCUGGGAUCCUUCUUGGAGUGUGACACACACUCUCACACACACACACACACACACACACACACACACACACACACACACACACACACACACACACAAACUCACACACACACACACACACACAAACACACAGACACUCUCUCUCUCUCUCACACACACACACACACACGCAGCCACACAUCCCUCAUGGAGGGAAAACCAAACCACAAAAGCAGCCUAAAAUGUUUAAGAGGCUCUUGGCAUGCCUGCAUGUUCUCUUUGGCUGAUGACCUAAUAAUCUGAAAACAGGGGGCAACAGAGAACAGUAAUACCGUAAUUGCAACUAGGAGGACUUUCCAAGCAUCCACACCAUUCAGGCCCUAAGCAGCUUCAGCAAUUAUCCAUAACACUGUUGCCAGGACAGCAGGAUAUCACUGUCUGUCUCAUGUUUGCAAAUGGAUGGCAACGUGUUAGGAAAGUUUGUUUAUAGAGAUGUAUUUUUUUUUAACACCAUGUUGAGUUUCCAUCUAGCAAACUCUCUAAAAGUCCUGUUAUAUUUAUUUCCAUUGCUCUCCAAAAACAAAAAAGUUGUAGAUAUUUGUUUGUGUUUGAUAAUGUUUGUAAUAAAUCCUCUUAUAAAUUUU